AUGGAUGAAGAUGUGGACUUUAUUCUGAAGUUUGAUGAGGACGUUUUCGAAAGCAAAUUUACUUACUGGAACAAAUUGCCUGCUCGCCUAAAAAUUGAAAUCCUACGAAAUCUUCCAUAUCCAACUUUGAGAAACUUUAUGUUUUUGAGCAAAGAAUGCAUGGCUCUAGCGUCGAAUGUGAAGACUCAUGCUUAUGGUGUAUACCUCCAGAACAAACCUUUCUUCGGUUAUCCAGAGGAU